AGUGUGUUAUAAUUCUGAAAAUUAUUUAACUUAAUUAAAAGUUGAUUUAAUUAAUUAGUUUAAGAUAUUCUAAUAAUUGUUGUGUAAUAUUUUUAUUUGAUUAUAUGAUGAUUCGAGUUUUUUCGAUUAUCCUGUUAACUGCUCAAUUUUUUCAAGAAAAUCACGGUUAUAGAAUACUAGGAAUUUUCCCUUUAAAUAGUCGUAGUCAUGAAAUGAUGUUCGAGUCAAUAAUGAAAGGGUUAUCGAAACGAGGCCAUCACGUCGAUGUUAUUAAUCAUUUUCCUCUGAAACACCCACCUAAGAAUUAUCACAAUAUUAUUGAUCUACGUGGCACAAUGGAAAAUCUUGUAAAUAAUUUCACAGUAGAUUUUGUCCUUGGCAUAGCCGGUGAUAACGUUGUGUAUCCACUAGCAACUUUGUAUGGUAAUCGUCUGUGUGAACUCAUGGGACUCAAAGAAUUUCAAGAUAUAAUACAUAAUCCACCAAAUAAUCCACCUUAUGAUGCCCUUAUUACUGAAGCCUUUGGAGCGAAUUGUUUCAUGGGUAUAGGUCACCAUCUCAAUAUCCCUAUCAUCGCUGCAUCCUCUGCCGUAGAGUAUCCAUGGGUGGGUCAUAUAACAGGUAAUGCUGACAACCCUGCUAUUGUUCCAAAUGGACUAUAUUCAGCUUUUGGAGAAUUAAACUUUUGGCAACGAUUAGAAAAUACUGUAGAAUAUUUUAAGGCAACAUCAAUGUUUCAUAAAUUAACUGAGGAAUAUCAAACUGCAGUUAUGAGAAAGUAUAUAAGCCCAAAUCUACCUAAUAUAAGGGAAGUUGAAAAAAGCGUAUCUUUAACUUUAGUAAAUAGUCAUCCCAUUCUCUUCGGUGUAAAACCAGUAUUACCAACAUUAGUUCAAGUUGGUGGCAUUCACGUAGAAGAGAGUGAUUCAAAAGUUCCGGAGGAUUUGAAGAAAUGGUUAGAUGAAAGCCAAGAUGGUAUAAUUUAUUUUACGUUUGGAUCAAUGGUAUUGAUAGAAACACUGCCUACCGAUACAAUCAAAACUUUAUAUGCUUCGUUUUCAAAAAUAAAACCUAUUCGUGUAUUGAUGAAAGUUGCAAAUACAAGUAAAUUGCCUUCAGGACUACCAUCUAAUGUACACACGAUGCCAUGGAUUCCUCAGUCAGCUGUUUUAGGUCACAAAAAUAUUAAAGCUUUUAUGACUCACGGUGGUUUGAUGGGCACAACCGAAGCAUUAUAUCACGGUGUUCCAUUGAUUGGUGUUCCUUUAUUCGCAGAUCAACCUCGUAACAUAGCGUCUUUUAUAGCGAAAGGUAUGUCGGUAAAAUUGAGCUUAAGUAACAUGACUGAAUCAAAUGUUGACGAAGCUAUACGGUCAGUACUAUUUGAUCCAAAAUACAGAGAAAACGCAAGAUAUUAUUCAAAGUUAUUCAGAGAUCGGCCUAUGAGUGCUAUGGAUAGUGCAAUAUAUUGGAUUGAAUACACCAUCCGUAACGGGCCGACUGUACUUCGACCCCCGUCUUUAAACUUGACCUGGUGGCAACUAGGCUUAAUAGAUGUUUAUGGUUUUCUUACUGCCAUUUUUCUACUGUUUGUGCUCUUAAUUAUUUUUGUUGUCGUGUUUGCUGUGAAGAAUUUCAGUCGUCUGUUCUACUCCAAGAGCAAUAAAAUGGGUUUUAAAUUAGAAGAAAAAAAAAGUUACUUAUCAACCCCUUUAACCCUUAAACUUCGCUCUACGCGCUCGUGUGGGUCACGUGUGUCCUUUGGCUCUGCAGGUCCGUCCUAGCACGUAGAGGCUGCUCCAGUGUAUAUUCCUAGAGGGUGAAAGAAAGGGGAGUACAGGGAUUCACACUCAUUCACACCAGGAAACAAACACUCAAUAUUAACAAUAACAACUACCAGGUUGAUUCUUAUGCAAUAAACAUUAUACACGGCCUAGGAGAGUACCCCAAUACCCGGUCGACGGCAGACGCGACGAUCGUAGCCCCAGUGGGCGCGCCGGCACGUACGACUCACAAACACAACGACCGAGGGCUGGGCCGCCCGACUCACCACACGAUGUCGAGAUCUUCUCCUGGUCUAGAUUCACCUUCGGCUCUCUCUGCAGUCUGCUCGGCCGCCGGAUCCACUGGUUCUCUCUCGCGCACUCAGGUAGACUCGUACUGACAUUUAACUCGCACUCUUCACUCGGGCGACGUAGGAUCUUACUACCCGCGCGGUACUUGUCAAUCCGACGUAGACAUCCCCGUGGAUGUCGCGCUCAACUCGCACACUCGAGCUCCGUUCGCUCUCAAAGCAAAUCUUCGAUUCUCUCCUCUGUUCAUAUAUGUACGCUCUCGUAUCUCAACGUAAACGCUUGUUUACGUUUUAUCCUUUCGCACUUGGCGCUCACAUGAAGUCAGAUUCAAAAUAAAAUAAUUAAUAACUAUUCUUAUGACUAAUAUUAUACUCGGCAAGGCGA